CUCAGUUCACCCACGCUCUUUUAUCUGGUUUAAUAAUCUUCUACAUUCAUAUAUUUUGAUAGAGGAUCUUGUCAUUUUUUACUAUGGAACUUUCAGACCGCAGCUUGAACGAUCUAGAGCGCCAGCGCCAGCAGCUUGAAGGCAACAUCUCGAAACUCCAAGAAUCGCUCUACCACUGGCGCACAUGGGAGGCGGAAUAUGAUGUGUUGAGGGAGGAAAUUGGCAGCCUGGAAGAUGAUGCCACGACGGACGACUUUCUCCAAGUGGGACGGGACAUGGGUGGAACACAGGUCAACGAAAAAGAAGUCAAAGUGAUCCUGGGAGACGACAAGGGCGUCACUCGGACCAGACAGCAAGUGGUUGAUCUCCUAUCGCGACGCAUCGACUAUGUGAGGCAGAACGUGUCGGUCAUGGAGCGCAGGCUACGCGAUGCAGAGAACGAGCUGCAGACGCUUGACUCGAUCGAGCAGCUACCCGCGGAACCCACGGCGGACUUUCCCAUGACGGAGAUUUUUGAAGAACUUGACGAGGAGGGGAAUGUGGUCUCGAGCAAGACGUCCCGACCAGGAAGUGAGGCAAAUGAUCUUUUGGACGUGUUGAAAAAGGCUGGUGUGAAGGACAUACCGAGUGCUCCCCAGUCGGAUACAGAGGUCGGGCGUUCGCAACAAGUCACGUCGGAGCCUGAGGCCAGUGAGGAAGUGGAACACGAAGAAAAACAAACGGAUAUCCGACCACCUACCCACGAUGUUGAAUCUACGCAUGAGAAUAACACAUCGGCUGCGUCGGAAUCAACAACUUCUGACGACCGGGAGGUUCCCAUUACGGACGUGGAUGAGUCGCCGGAAGAUGCCGAGCUACGACGCGAAAUGAUACGAUACAGCUUGGAUGAGGUUGGCGCUGUAGUUGCUGAACUUGAAAUGGAUGAAGAUGGGAGCGACGUCACUCUUGACGAUGAUUAUGAUGCCCUGGCUUACGAUGACGACGAUGACGACGAAGAAGAAGACGAACACGGUCGGACAACCGGGCGUGUCCUGGAUGAGGACUACCACCAGCAGAUGCGCGACCUGGAGGCAAAGCUGAAUGCUCGAGGCAUGUGGAAUAUGGGCAAAAACACCGGAUCUCUUCCCGAGCAGGUGCAAACCGAACUGGAGCAGCCGGUCGCGGUCAAGGUCGAGCCCGCUCCAGUGGCGGAGACGGUCAAGGAGAAGAAACCGAAAAAGAAGGUGGCUUUUGCGGACGACCUUGACAUCGCCCCGGCUCCCAAGUCGCCGGCCCCAGAAAAGAAGAUCACCCCGACCAAGGAGUCUACCGUGCCGGCCGUAUUGGACUCUGUCAUCGAGCGCGCAAAGCCGGCCGAAAAGGCUCCCCCGACGAACAGUGCACCGAAGAAAGUCUCGCGCUUCAAGAACCGGAGCGCAACCGCAGGCAAUACAGCUGCCAUGACUGAAAGCUCUCGCCCGGUCAAUCCCGGACCACAACUCAGUUCAGGCGCACCCGCACCACCACCAUUGUUUCCUGCUAAACCAUCCGAACCAAAGCCUUUCUCCCAACCGAUCCAAGACAUCGACGAGGAGCCACCCACCCGCGGCCCCAAGGGCAAGAUCAUGGCCGACAAGCUCACCGAGCACGAGCCUUCCGCCAAUGCCGUGGCCCCGGAACCUGAUGAGCUCGACGACCAGCUGCACCAGCGGGAGAUAGCCAGCGAAUUCUACCGCAUGCGCAACCGAAUGAUCCAGCAAAACGGCGGCUUUUUGGAAGAGCCCGAAACGGUCCCAAUCGAGACUGAAGAUGCUCCUAAGCGCGUGAGUAAAUUCAGAGCUGCGCGGAUGAAAUAGUUGCUGGGUAGGUGAGAGAAGUAUAUACAAAAACAGAGAUAUACCCUAUUUUCGUUUGACCUUGUCCUUCUGCCGUAGAAUUGCUUUAUAUAUGAAGCCCGG